UUAUGUUUACUGCGACGCAUGCGCUGGAUUAAAGUGAUGAUAGCACAAGGUUACAUUUUAGUAUUCAAAUGUUCUAAAGCCAAAAAUGUUUAACGUUAGGUGUGUUUAAUGCAUAGUUGGUUUAUGAAGUGUUAUUUAUGCUUUGUUUUUUUUUAUCCCCAGAUAACCAUGGUUGAUAAAUGGUCAGUAGAUGACACGUGCCACUGGCUUCAAACUAUAAACCUCAUUGAUGCAAAAGAAAGUUUCAGAGAGCAACAAAUUGAUGGAGAGACUCUGCUGGGUCUCACAGAAAGGAUGGUGGAAAGACUUUUUCCUGUAAUGAAACAUCAGGUGACAUUUAUGAAGGAGCUUAAUAAGUUAAAAAACCUGGAAACUGAAGUGCCUCAAAUAUCUUGUACUCAACAAGAACCCUGUGAGAAUGAGGGCUCAUUUGUUGCCCAACCUUGGCCAGCAGUAUACAACCUGCCUGUCUUUCCCCCUGAACUGCAAGCAGCUUUUCAAAGGAAGGAUCCCGGCUUUAAGAAGAAGGACAAGUCUCACAUCCGUGCAUUACUGAUUCAAGUGUUGUUUGACAGCAUCACUAAGCACACCUGGCUUCUAAGGGAUUGA